AUGUCAACUCUUAUACAUUUAGAUUAUGACAUUCUCUUUGAUAUUAUGUCAAAAACACUUGACUUCCAUCAUGCAUAUAGUGUUGCAAAUGGUUUUUGUAAAAAAGCCAUUUCUGUCAGAUUAAAAGUCAGUUUAGAUGCUAUAGAAAUACUUAAUAAUUUUCUUAAAAACUUUAUUUAUCAACAUUCUGAAAAUACAAAUCAACAUCUGUCCACUAACAAUAUUCAAAAUAGUAUUCAGCACAAUAACGAAUUAAGCAAUUUGGAUAAUGAUCAAGACAAUAAAGUAUUUUUUGAUAUAUCUACUGUUCAUGAUCUGAUUAUUAAGAGAAAUAAGGAGGCACCAAGAGUUAAACAGAUUAAAAGCUCUUCUGAACCACAAAAGUCACAUUCUAAUAGUAGCAAAGUUGUAAAAGAUAAGGUUACAAGUACACAGCUUUGUUUCUAUUGUAAACAAUCCAAUCAUUAUGCUAAAACUUGCUCUACUGCUCUUUAA